AACAGAGGUUACUUUAAGACCUGAAGCUUACUGUUUUCUAUUUCUACCAAAGCAUUUCAUAGUGUUUAUUAUUUUAACUCUGGAUAUUUUUGUUAUCCAUGUCAUUUUCCCAUCAUGUUUUGAACCUUCCUAAUUUCUUGGUUUCCAUACUGAGCUCAAGGGACAACUAAAGAGAGGACUGUUUCCAUACUGUUUGUUGACCAAUGAAUUUCAUGGUCUGAUUACAAGUCACGUGGGAAAUUAUUUUCUUUCAUUGUUUUGGAAUUUGGCCCCUUUUAUUUCACUGAAUACAAGGUUCUGUUGUACAAUUGCUGAACCUGUUUACACUCUUCUGCUUUGCAAUGUAGGAAGAGUUAAAAAUGAGCAUUACAUGGCUAAACACUCAACUCGUGCCAGGUGGUUAAGUAAUACUUUGAAAACUAAGACACCUGUAAGUUGUUUAGUAUAAUUGCAUAUUCAGCUGUAUCCAUCUAGGGUUAUUUGAAGUGAAUGUUACAAAUUGGACACUGCACUAAAUCUGGAUAACCCUCAGUGUAUAUUUUGUGUGAAAGAUUGCAAAUUCAAAUAAAUGCAUGUAACACCUUUGCUUUCUUCCUGUUUUUGGAAAUAGAUACUUUGAGCACUUCAACAUUUACUGAAAGGAGUCACAGCACUUUGUUUGCCUGGUGCCUUGUGAAGAGUGUGGAUUGAUUUAAAUCAAAAUUAUUUAAAUUGCCAAUGUUAAUUACAAUUUAAAUCUGCAGAUAACUCACUGAUUUUAGUCUUGUUCCAAAUCUAUAUUUUUUAGUAAUUUUUCAGAAGGAAGGUUAAUUGUUGUUAGCUGGUACAGCAGACUAGACUCUUUGUAGUGGUAGCGAAGAGGAUGAGGGUUAGCAAAUUAACAAGGGGUACAUAUAAGCACAGCAAACAGCGGUGAAGGCCAGUUGAAGUGCUGAAACUGCUUGCUGUGGCUUUUAUUUUAAAAUGUAUCGCCUUUCCAAUUAGCUAUGCUCCAGCUGAGUGGAGAAGUAGUGCCCUUUGAAGUAAAAGCCACAGAAAUCAGCUGAGUAGCUUAUUCUUAAUUCAGCAACCUGAUGCAAACUAAGCAGGUUGUAAAACAUCCUUGUGUGAAAAUUCCAGGUUCUGUAACAAUUAAGACCCGUUGAUUUGCAUGUAAUUGCAGUUUUGCUGUACACACAUUGAAAUAAUAAUGUUUCUUAAUACACAUUUUCAUAGUGGAAAUAUUCUGUUAUUUUAGAAACUGGGAGUAAACAUUUUCUGUUUAAUGUGAUAUUUUUAGGAUUUGCAUUAAGCUGUUUAUGGCAAUUAGAAAGCAAUUAAAAUAUAGAAAGUUAACAUUUUUGUUAGUUAGAACUAAAUUAAAUGUGCUUACAUAAAAAGUUCAUCAAAAUGUGUUGUAUUUAUAACAUUUUUUUAAAUAAAGGAGGAAUUAUCAGUUAUUAGUACAUUGAUAUGAUUGUUUUUGCCUGCAAUGUCUUUUGAGAUAUUAGAGUUAGAACUCCACGCUUUGUACCUAAUUUUCCUUCAGGUACUGGAAGGAGAAAAGAAACUGUUUUGCUUUUGCAAGUCCUAAUUAGUGUCUCAAAUUUAAAUGAAUUCGUUUUUGAACUGAACUAGCUAAGUAAACUGAAAUUAAGAAAUUAUUCUCUGCCUACCUGCAGAAGAAGCUGCUACUGUCAAAAGCAGGUUUAUCACUUCACUUCAACAACCUGGUUCCAGAAAUGUAGCCAGUCACCUCCCCAGUUGAUCUUUAUAGAUGCAGCAACAAAUGUCCUGAUUGAAUAUUAUUUUUUAUUUAUUUUUAAUUAUGUCAAUAGAUUAUACUAAGUUUCAGCCUUAAUAUAGGUCAUAAUUUCAAAUUAAAUCAUAAAUUUGAUUAUUUUGUUAUGCCUAUAUUAAAUACAUUUAAAUGGAAGGAGAGGGAAAAGAGGCUGGAAGGAGCACUGAAAAUGAGCUAGAGGACAGAUAAAUUAAAGCAGAAUUUUGGUUAUUGAUGAGAUUGUUGGGUUUUAAAUACAGGAGCAAAGGAAAAGAAUUACAGAGCAGAAGGGUGAUGAUAACCUUGUUAUGAAAGAUGAGAACCAUCAGACUUUAGAAAGCUAUGGAUAGUACAACUUCAAGUAUAGAAUCUGAAUACAUUAAGAACCUCCAGCAGCAGAUCUACUUCCUUGAACUGGAAGCCAGUUUUCUUCGGAGACAAACUAAAAAAACUACAGAUCUUCAACCCCUCAUCGUUUCUGAAACUAAGCAUGUGUUUAAAAAAAUCCAGGAAUUACAGACUCAAGCUGAUGGCCUCCACUUGGAACUAAAGCAAAAGGAAAGCAGUUUGAAUAUGCUGCAAGCAGACAGAGAGCGAAUUAAUAACCAUAUCAAUGUUGCAAAUGAACGUCAUUCUAAAGAAAAGCAGGCUUUAGUAGAAGAGAUCAUAGAACUGAAGAAAAGGAAAGAACAGACAUACAGAGAAACAUCUGACAAAGAAAUGGAGAUACUUCAUGCUAAGCAGGAGUUGGAACAGCAAGAGACCAACCUGAGUAACAGUGAACAGAAAGUCCUUGCGAUACAGUCAAAGUUGAAGCAGCGGUCAGAGCAGCAGAAGGCAGUGGAGGUGCGGCUUUCUGAAAAGAGAAUGGAACUUUUGAAAUUGCAAACUGCAGUGCGUGAAAUGGAGGACAAAAUAUUUAAAAAAACAGCAGUUAUACAAGACCAGAUCACAUGUAAUAUUAGAGGUGAGAUAAGUUUUCUUCAUCAGCAAGUGCGAGAGAGAGAGCUACUGGCAGAGCAGGAUCGUUUUUUAAGAAACAAAAUGAUGGGCGAUUAUGCAUCCCUGACCAAAGAAAAUACUAUGCUGAGAUCCCAGCUCUUGGAGCUAAAAAAGCAACUGGACAUAGAGAGAGCUCUCAGGGAAGAGAGCUAUACAUCACAUUCUUCCAGCAUUACUCAGCUUCUAACCAUGAAGGAGCAUGAAGAGGAUCUACAGCAUAAGAUCAAGAGACACCAAGAGCUUUUGAUGCAAGAAAAGAACAACUUCCAAGACCUUAUGAAAAAGAUUCGUAUUUUGGAAAAAGAAAGAACAUCUCUUGACUUAAGUAUUGCAACAAUGAAUAGUCGAACAGCUGAAUUAAAGGGUAUGCUGGCUAAAGAGGAACAAGAUAAUAUUGAACUGCAAAGAGAUAAAGCUUUAUUGAUUGAUCUUGUAUCUAAUUUACAAAACCAGUUUACAUUUUCCUCAUUACAGCUUGUUGGGAGGGACAGUAAACUUUCUCAAGCCUCAAAUAUGAUGCUGGAGCUUGAUGAGAAUAUUUCAGCAUUGAAAAGGAAGCAUGAGUUACAUCAGUCUCUUCAGUCAGAAAAGUGGCAGGAAAUCUCCAAAAUGGCAAGUUCGAUGAGGAAACUCACGAAAUCUAUGACGAAUGUAGCUGAAAUCAUGGGCAAAUAUUAGGCUGUGUGAUGUAAUCAGUAGAUGUUAUCCUUUAGAUAGAAAAUUGAGCACUUCACUACAAAAUGAAUUAAUUUCAGUGGAGUAUCCAUUUUUACAAUCACAUUUGUUUCCAACACAAUUUCAGGGAUUUAACAUGAAAGGAGAAUAUUUGUAUGUAAAUAAGCUGUUUCUUUUUCACUAGUUUUGAUGCCACCAGAAAUAUUAUAAACAAUAUCAAUUUGUUUUCUUAAAUGUAUUAGAAAAUCUAAUAAACGUAAAUCUAGCAACAUUGUGAUAUUAUAUAGGUUCCUUUUACACAAUCAUGA